AUGGGCUCAAGGAUCGAAGACUCGACCCCAGACGACUGGAACGAAAAGUUGUUGGGCUCGGAAGCCUUGAGUGAUGAGAGAUCGAUUAUCUUUCCGCUAUCUUCGGGAGACGAGCUCGCAUGGAGCCAGGGCUUCUCCGAUAGCUACCCCGACACCUGCCUUCUUUUGGCCGACAUGAUCCCAGACGACUUGCACGAAAAGUUGUUGGGCUCGGAAGCCUUGAACAUGAUCCCAGACGACUUGCACGAAACGUUGUUGGGCUCGGAAGCCUUGAGUGACAAGAGAUCGAUUAUCUUUCCGCUAUCUUCGAGAGACCAGAUGGAGACAGUGCUGGGCAAGGUAGAGAACAAAAUUCGCAGUGAGAGCAUGUCAGAGAGGCUCCCCUCCGACUGCUCUGCCCUAUCCAACACCAACUGGAAGGAUUUCAAGACCAAGGCGCUCGCAUGGAGCCAGGGCUUCUCCGAUAGCUACCCCGACACCUGCCAUCUCUCCGGGAAUCUUGGCAGUGUCAAGCUGCUCUCGGACUCCAUCACUCGGCCGCGCGGGCAUAUAAACGGCAACGAAGAGGAAGCACUCGGAAAUGAGCCCGUCAUCCGCCGAGGACAAGACAGACGAUCUUCUGUAAGCAACACGACCGCGGGCGGAGUCCCAUGGGAGACACUGCUCAAGAUCGCCUCCGCUCAGGCCAAUGAUGGCCAUGAGGUCAGCGUGGCCCCUGUCAUGAUCUUCGGGGCCGCUCCCGUGCAGCCCGGUAUAGACCUCGUCGUCAAGACCGCCCGGCUCCCCAGGGAUCUGGCGGUGAAACUCAAGCCACAACACAGAGAAUCAGCUCUGCGUGAGGAAACUUCCGUGCUCUUCAUGCUAGGAGACGAUCGUCCUGUGGAGGGCACAAACACAGAGAACGAGAUUGAGAUGGGGGUGGAGGUGGAAAUAUCAGGGAAGCCCCUCGAGUCCUACACGCCUUUUUGA